AUGUCGAAUAAUUCAUCUCUUAUUGACCAUAGCAGCAGUCUUGAUUAUAUUCUACUCCUGCGUCUGAUAGUUUGGGGUUAUAUAGGUAUGGUUUUAAGUUUAUUUGGUAUCGUUGGUAAUAUUAUUACCGUCUUGGUACUUAUAUCUCCGUCAAUGCGUACUACAUCUACAAAUAUCUAUUUGACAGCGUUGUCAUGUUCAAAUAUACUUUUUCUUCUUAUAUUUAUCCCAUCAUAUUCGUUGAGAUAUCUAAUAGGUUAUGAAUUGUAUAAAACAAAUCAACCUCCGUUUGCCUUCGAAAUACUUUUAACACGUUUACCAACAAGUCCUAUAUAUAAUACCAUUCUUCUUUCCAUUAUAUAUCUGACUAUAGCUGUAUCAAUGGAUCGUUUAAUAUUAGUGCAAUUUCCAUUGAAAGCUAGACAAAUCUUAACGCAACGCGCAACAUUAAUAACCAUAAUAUUAAUUUACGCCUUUUCUAUAGUGUACUGUAUACCGUAUUGGUUAGAGCAACGAUAUGUACCAGAUUUAAAAACCUGUGUUCUAACAAGUAUUGGCCAACGAAUUCAUAAAUAUACUCGCAUCUAUAUUUAUAUACCUGUUGUUUAUUUAAUACCAUUUGCUACAUUAACAUGUAUAAAUGUAACCAUAAUACAAAAUUUAAUUGCCAAAAAACGUCGCAAAAAACAUUUAUGCGGAAAGGCAAAUAAAAAAAAACAGGCCGAUUAUCAUAUAACAUUGAUGCUUGUUACAGUGGUCAUUGUUUUUGUUCUUUGUCAAUUACCAUUGUUAAUACUUAAUGCUUGGUAUGCUAUUGAUCCUCAUGGUUCGUAUCAUAAUUUUUUAUUUCAAUCAUUAAAUAUAAUUGGCAUAUUACUUAUUGUUUUUAAUACAUCGACAAAUUUUUUACUUUACUGUUUUUUUGGACAAAAAUUUCGACAAACAUUAAUUGAAUUCAUGUUACGUAUGCUACCGAAACAACGUAAACCAGCAAAUAUGCAAACCCGAAUUUCAAAAAUAGUGAACAAUCAACCGUUACAAUCUGUAGAAAAAAAUCAAACGGAAAAACAACAACGUAUAUCAACAAGAGAUUCUUUUACAAAAAGAACGCCUUUGAUAAUUGAUCAAACAAAAACAAAUGAAUUAAGUCAAGAGACUGUAAAUAAUAUGUUAGAUCAAAAACUUGAAAAUGACAAAUCAAAGUCAACUUCAAUGCAAACUACAAUAAAUCAUCAAGAAGAAUCCGAUCGACUAAUAACAAAAUCUGAACAAGUAUUGAUAAUGAAUGAAAAUUUUCCAUCGAAACCAGAUCAACAAUUUAAAUUAUAUACGGGUACAAAUGGUAAACGAAUAUUAGUAUUGAAAAUUUGA